UUUCGACCAAUAUGGGCAAUGUGUUUGGUGCGAUGAAGACGUUGAUGGACCAUCUAGGGAAGAAACAGCGGCGGGUGCUCUUGCUUGGCCUUGAUGCUGCCGGGAAGACCACCAUCUUGUACAGGCUCAAGCUCCAUGACGCAGUGCACACGAUCCCCACCGUGGGGAUGAACGUCGAGACGUUCCAGUACAAGAAUAUCCACUUCACCGCGUGGGACAUGGGCGGACAAGACAAACUGCGGCCCCUGUGGCGACACUACCACCAACACACGGACGCCGUCAUCUUCGUCGUCGACUCCACCGACAACAAUCGCAUCAACGAAGCGUCGGAGGAGCUGCAUCGCAUGCUGUCAGAGGACGACUUGCGGAACACCAAGCUGCUCUUGUACGUGAACAAGGUCGACCUCCCCAACGCCAUGACGUCCAUCGAGGUCAUGGACAAGAUGAACUUGGCGAAUCUUUGUCAAGUCCACUGGUUCAUCCAAGCAUGUUCCGCCGUCCACAACGUCGGGCUGUGCGAAGGCCUCGACUGGCUUCGCAAGGUGCUCGCGUGAUGGAAAACUCUUGACUAAUUUAUGUACCGAAUCAACAGUAUCUUGUCCGCCGCCGCCAUUGCACAUCGUUCUCCACUGCAAAGGGUGAUCGGCCGCCACUUGUAGCAGAAUUUCUCCACAUGACCAAAUUCGCCA